ACUUGAGAAGGAAGCACCAGACAAGGAUCUGCUCCAGUCCGGUUGACAUGGAGGCUGAGACCGUUUCUGGGAUCAAGUCGGAGAACACCAGGAACACCUUCCACACGUUUGGUGCAUCAGAGGGCCUUUUAUGCCUCAACUCAGAACAGACACGGACACAGUGUGAAGAUUACAAGGUCAUGUUCACAUGCACUGGACAGUUCUGCUCAGAGUGCAGGACUCGCUGGUUUGAUCAUGAUGACCCAACAGGGAACGGAGACUAUGAGGUCCUUAGUGACCUCCUCAGCAUUUACCCCAGAGAAAUCUGCCCCCGGCCAAUAGCCAUCGAGGUCCAGACCAUCUCCGGGGAGCCUUCCUCCAACACGUCUGAUACUUUUUUAAACUAUGAUGUUACUUUUGGGUUUGCAUGCAUCAAUGAAAAACAGAAGAGUAAGCAAUGUGAGGAUUAUCAAGUGGUACUGACCUGUCCCUCAGACUUCUGUCAGGGUUGCAGGACACGCUGGUUCGACCUGGACAAUCCCACAGGGAAAGGAGACUAUGAGACCCUCCUCCAGCUACAGAUGCUAUAUCCCAGUCAGGUCUGCACCCAGCCCGUUGCCAUCGAAGCCAUGACACUGUCUGGUGUCCCUGCGCACAAGACGGGUGACGUCUUUCAAGUAUAUGACGCUACUCAUGGCUUUGCCUGUGUGAAUGACGAGCAGCCAGGUGGAAAACGCUGUCAAGACUACAAGGUCCGAUUCACCUGCCCACUGACUUUCUGCACAGCAUGAAUAAUGAGUAGUCAACAGUUGCCUGUCAGUGGAGGAUGUGUAGUAACUGCUAAGACAAGUUUUACAGUUUUGUCUUAUUCCCAGUCAUUCACAAUAUCUUAUCAGGACCUAGAGAAAAUAGCCAUUUUUGUUUUGUUUUUUUAAAAUAUAUGCAUGAUGUUGUAAAAAGGAAAAAAAUAUAAGUGACAGAUCUUUUGGUUAUAUCAGCCUUUGCAUACAGGUGGAUAAGAUGGUACUGAGAAACCAUUUCAUUACAGUUACAGCUGCAUCAUGCAUUUUUAUGAUAUGCGCAUGAAAAUUGCAUAUGUAAGUAAAUUUCCAGAGCCAGGCUCCGCAGAGCAGGACUGUCAAUCAAUAAAACCUGAAUUUUAGCAGUUAACAAGUUAACACUUCAUGAUUACAACAACAGUAAGUUAAUGUGAUUACUGUAAGCACC